AUGUCAAAUCCACGUCGGGACAAUGAAGGGUCGGCCGAUUCUCCACCAGCACCUCCACGGAGAGCACGCGCACCCACGAUCACGAUCGAUACAUCGGCCGUGAGCCCCGCAACGACAGACGCACCCCCUGCCCAAGGCUUCUCUAGCCAACAGCCCUCGCUUCGCCUGAAUACCAACCCAUUCGAACUGGUCAACAAUGGCAUCGCCUACAACGCAUCGGGUUCUCCCACCGAGAUGCGGUCCCCCGCCUCCUUAGGCUCCGUCGCUUCGUCCGAGGCGCGAGAUCGUGAGAGCCGGCCGACAUCUCCUCACAACAUCUCCAACCCGGCAACCAAGCUGGCCGAAGCACAUUCUCACUAUCUCUCUGUUCCCGGCACGCGCUCUCGUGGCAACUCCCUGGAGUCGGACGGCACCAGUCAAACUUCGAGCACAUACGGUGGCGAGACAUAUGUGUCGACUUCAACCCAAGUGUCGCCCUCGGAUGCCACAAAGCACACCAAUGUCGACGACGAAGACGCUUUGUUGCCCGAUCAAGGCCGAGAAGACGAAUUCGAGGUGAUCAAUAACAAAUUUGCCUUUUCUCCCGGCCAAUUGAACAAGCUCCUGAACCCCAAAAACUACGGUGCAUUCCGACGAUUGGGUGGUCUUCAAGGACUGGAGAAGGGCUUGCGGACCGACCUUCGCAGCGGACUGAGUCAGGAUGAGACCUCUUUGCAGGGAACGGUGACCUUUGACGAGGUGACCUCGGCAAAGGGCUCGCCCAAGACGGUCUCGCCAACCGAGGUGCCUUCGUCAGCUUCAAACGACACAGAGGGCCAACCCUCUGCCGCCGCCGUAUCGAGUUCCGCCGACGAGUCAUACGCCGACCGAAAGCGAGUCUAUGGAAGGAACAAGCUGCAGGAGAGAAAACUCAAAACCAUCUGGGAGCUGGCGUGGAUUGCCUAUAAUGACAAGGUGCUCAUUUUACUGACCAUCGCGGCGAUUGUUUCGCUGGCGGUCGGUAUCCCCCAGUCACUGCACCCCAAGGACGGCGAACCUGGCGUCGAAUGGGUGGAGGGACUGGCUAUUCUGAUUGCCAUCAUCAUCGUCGUCGUUGUUGGCGCGGCAAAUGACUGGCAGAAAGAAAGACAAUUCGCCAAGUUGAACAAAAAGAAGGAAAACCGACUGGUUCAAGUCAUUCGAUCCGGCAAAACGAUCGAGAUCUCUGUCUAUGAUGUAGUCGUGGGCGAUGUCAUGCGGCUGGAGGCGGGUGACCUUAUCCCCGUGGACGGUAUCUUGAUCGGAGGCCACGAUGUCAAAUGUGAUGAGUCCUCGGCCACCGGCGAAUCUGACCUGUUGCGCAAAACCCAGGGCGAUGAUGUAUACCGAGCCAUCGAAAAGCAUGAAGACAUUCGAAAAUUGGAUCCUUUUAUCAUCUCUGGCGCCAAGGUCUCCGAAGGAGUCGGCACUUUUCUCGUCACGGCGGUCGGUCCACAUUCCACUCAUGGCCGCACAAUGAUGUCGCUCCAGGAAGAAGGCGAAACGACACCUUUACAAACAAAACUGAACAAACUCGCCGAGUAUAUUGCCAAGCUUGGCUUGGCCUCCGGUCUACUGUUGUUUGUGGUCUUGUUCAUCAAAUUCCUGGUUCAGCUCAAAAACAUCGAGGGCGGCGCCGACGCCAAAGGUCAGGCUUUCCUCCAGAUUUUCAUUGUCGCUGUCACCAUCGUGGUUGUGGCCGUGCCCGAGGGAUUGCCGCUGGCUGUCACCCUGGCACUCGCCUUUGCGACAACGAGGAUGAUCAAAGACAACAACCUUGUGCGAUAUCUGAAAGCAUGCGAGACGAUGGGCAACGCAACAACAAUCUGUUCCGACAAGACAGGUACCCUCACCAUCAACAAAAUGAGCAUCGUUUCCGCAACUCUGGGGACGACAUUGCGCUUUGGGGACAAGCCCGCCUCGGAUCAGCCUCAGGAGCAGGGCGACACGUCUGCCAGUGAAGUUGUCAAAGCUCUGUCAAAGUCCACCAAAGAUCUCUUGAUGCAAUCAAUUGUUCUCAACUCUACAGCGUUUGAAGGAGAGCAGGAUGGUGUUAAAACUUUCAUCGGAUCGAAAACCGAGACCGCGCUCUUGGCUUUCGCGCGUGAUCAUAUGGGAAUGGGCUCUCCCGCUGAAGGUCGUGCGAAUGCGAAGAUUGCACAGAUGUUUCCGUUUGAUUCCUCUCGCAAAUGUAUGGCAGUCGUCGUGCAAAUGGACGAUGGAAGGUACCGCAUGUUGAUCAAGGGCGCCGCUGAAAUCUUGAUGUCCCAUACGAUGAACAUCGUCAGUGACCCUAGGGAAGAACUUCGCGAGAGCCAUUUGGAAGAUAAGAGUCGGUCCGAACUCGAAGAUACCAUGUCAAGCUAUGCGAAUAGAUCGCUUCGAUGUAUCGCACUCGCUUAUCGGGAUUUCGACGAAUGGCCCCCUCGCGGAGUGCCUACUGCCGAAUCCAAUCACUCUGAAGCGCUGUUUGAACCGGUUUUCAAAGACCUGACGAUGAUUGGUUUGUGGGGCAUUCAAGAUCCUCUGCGACCCGGUGUUGCAGACGCUGUCCAUGCCUGUCAACGCGCAGGUGUCUUCGUGCGAAUGGUCACCGGUGACAACAUUAUGACUGCGAAAGCCAUUGCCAAGGAAUGUGGCAUUUAUACUCCUGGUGGUAUUGCCAUUGAGGGUCCCAAGUUCCGCAAGCUGAGCACACGGCAGAGGAAUCAGAUUCUCCCGAGACUACAAGUCAUUGGUCGAUCGAGCCCCGAUGACAAGAAGAUUCUCGUCAAUGCGUUGAAGAAGCUCGGUGAAACUGUUGCUGUCACCGGUGAUGGUACCAACGACGCCCAAGCUCUGAAAACCGCCGACGUUGGUUUUGCGAUGGGCAUCGCUGGUACCGAGGUCGCAAAGGAAGCCUCGGACAUUAUCCUGAUGGAUGACAACUUUGCAUCUAUCGUGAAAGCCAUGGCCUGGGGUCGAACCGUCAGCGAUGCUGUGAAGAAGUUCCUGCAGUUCCAAAUCACGGUGAAUAUUACUGCCGUGGUCUUGACCUUUGUCUCAGCUGUCGCUAGUGACUCGCAAACUUCGGUACUCAGUGCAGUGCAGCUUCUCUGGGUGAACUUAAUUAUGGAUACAUUUGCCGCGCUUGCGCUUGCGACUGAUCCCCCCUCGCCGUAUGUCCUUAAUCGUCGGCCAGAGUCCAAAGCAUCCCCGCUCAUUACCGCCACAAUGUGGAAGAUGAUAGCUGGACAGUCGAUCUAUCAACUGGUGGUGACUUUCGUGCUCAACUUCGCCGGCAUGUCAAUAUUUUCAUGGGAUGAACUUGCGUUGAAGACCGUUGUCUUCAACACUUUCGUCUUCAUGCAAAUCUUCAAUCAGUACAACUCUCGCCGGGUUGACAAUCAACUCAACAUUUUCGAGGGCAUAUGGCGCAAUCGAUGGUUCAUCGGCAUUCAAGUCAUCAUCAUCGGAGGUCAAGUGCUUAUUGUCUUCUUUGGCGGGGCGGCCUUCUCUGUCACGCGUCUUAACCAAGGCUCGCAAUGGGCGGUCUGUCUUGUCCUAGGAGCUUUGUCGUUGCCUAUCGCCAUCGUCAUUCGAUUGAUCCCUGACGAAUUUAUCACCAAACUUGUUCCGGCUUUCUGGCACGAUCGGCAUCUGAAGAAGGGUCCGGAGGUUGUCAUCUCGGAUGAAGACCGUCAAUUCGACUGGAACCCGGCCCUGGAAGAGAUUCGGGACCAGCUACAGUUCAUCAAAUCUGUGCGCGGUGGACGCUUGCGCAAUAUCAAACACAAGUUACAACAUCCACAAGAAUUACUGCCUCGCUCUCGAAGCGGCUCACGCUCGCGGGACUCGUCAGAAUCCUCCACGCCCCAUGGCAUGGACAACGGAAGCUCGCCCCCUGGAGCCUCGACGCCAGAGAAUCGAUCUCGUCGCAACACUCGAUCACGCUCCAAUUCCACAUUUGGACCUGCGGCAGCCAUGGCUGGGAUUGUGGCUGGUAGUAUUGCCGGCUGGUCGCCAAUCGAACGAAGCCAUGACGGGCCAGACUCCAUCACAUUUCCCAGCGGUGCCGCUCACGGAGGCUUAGAUGGACAACCGGGCAUCGAAGUUCACCCAGACACAGCCGCGGACGAUCGCGUGGUGAGCGACUAUUCCACCAAUUCGCAGCACCCUCCCAGUCAAAACCCCGAUCUCAUCCCUGUCUUUGAACAUGCGCCUCCGGCGGUCGCAGAACGAGCGCACUCACAUCGCAGCCGACUGUCAUUCUCCCAGCGGUCGCACUCGAGUCAGAGCCACUCUCAGGUGUAA